AUGGUCCGAUUAGCCUCUUUCGUCGUCGCCGUCUUCGCUGCUAGUGCCGAGCUGGUGCUCGGUGCUCCCCAGCUGUCCCCGCCUGUCCUGCACGAGCGACGCACUUUCGUCCCGGAAAAUCGCGGUUGGCGCUUCGCACGCCGUCUUGAACAAGAUGCAGUCAUCCCUCUCCGCAUUGGUCUCACGCACCAGAACACGCACACCCUCGAGUCGCUUCUCAAUACCGUCUCCCAUCCAGACUCUCCCGAGUACGGCAACCACUGGUCUGCGGGGCAAGUCGUCGAGCACUUCGCUCCGCCUGCUGAGACGAUCAAUGCUGUCACGGAUUGGCUUACCUCGAGCGGCGUGGAUAGGGAUAGGUUGAAGUUGAGCAAAAGCAAGGGAUGGAUUGAGGUGCAUGCGAGCGUGGUGGAGGUCGAGAACCUGUUGCACGCAGAGUAUCACGUAUUCGAGGAUGCAGACGGUACAGAGCGCGUCGGAUGCGAAGCGUACCACGUCCCCGAGCACCUCGUCCCACACAUUGACCUCAUCAAGCCUACGACAGGGUUCAACGCGCGUAUCCCGCCUGCACCGGUAUCAAAAGACAACCUCGCGCGACGCGCUGCAGAGGUGACGAAGCCACCCGUCCGACUUGGUAGUCCAUCCUCGUUCAACGGUCCCAAGACGAACGGACGUAAAGUCGACGGCUCGACUAACCUUACCCUUGCAGACUGCAACCAAUUCAUCACACCCAUCUGCCUUCAAACGCUUUACAACUUUGCGAAUUACAAACCCAUGGCAACCGAAAAAAACACAUUCGGCGUCGUCGAGUUCACCCCUCAAGCAUUCUUACAAGGCGAUCUAGACAUGUUCUUCCAUAACUUCUCUGCGACGCAAAUCGGUCAGAAACCUCAGCUCGUGAGCAUCGACGGUGGUGUCGCACAGACGACGAAUCAGAGUUUCGACUUUAACGGAGAGAGUGACCUGGAUUUGGAAUAUGCGAUGGUGUUGACGAACCCUCAGCCGGUGUUACUUCUCCAGACGGGCGACCUCGUCGAAGGUGCUGGGUUUGAUAAUUGGUUAGAUGCGGUUGAUGCUUCGUUUUGCACGUUUGAAGGUGGCGAUGACCCAGAUCAGGACGGGAUCUAUCCUGACCCACUGCCUGGCGGAUUCAACGAAUCGGAGAGUUGUGGUAUCAUCAAGCCUCCGAACGUCGUGUCCGUCUCCUACGGCCAAGAUGAGAUCACCAUCUCGGCACGAUCUGCGAUGCGGCAAUGUACCGAGUACGGAAAGAUCGGACUCAUGGGUACGACGGUGUUGUAUAGUUCGGGCGACUUUGGUGUUGCGGGCUUUGGAGGAGUGUGUAUUGAUGCGGAUGGGAACGAGACUGCUAAUGGGACGCGCUUCAACCCUUCAUUCCCAAGCGGCUGUCCAUUCGUCACUUCAGUCGGCGCAACCCAAGUAAACCCAAACGGCACAGUUAACGACCCCGAACAAGCCUGCGAACAAGUCAUCUUCUCCGGCGGAGGCUUCUCUAACAUCUUCUCCAUACCCUCUUACCAACAAGCUGCCGUGGAGGGGUUCUUGAAGGACCACCCACCGCCGUUUAGUGCGGACCAGUUUAAUAAUAGUGGGAGUAGUAGGGCUUUUCCGGAUUUGAGUGCUAAUGGGGCGAAUUAUGUUAUUGCUAUUGAUGGAGAAUUCAACCUCGUCUUUGGAACCUCCGCUGCAGCACCGACAGUAGCGUCCAUCAUCACACUCAUCAACGACGCACGAAUCGCAAUGGGGAAGAAGCCUGUCGGUUUCAUCAACCCUGCGAUUUACAGCGAUACGUUUAGAGGAGCGUUUAAUGAUAUUACGACGGGUGGGAAUCAGGGAUGUGGUGCGUGUUCUCCCUUUCUCCUUCUCUUCUUCCUCGGUAUUUGUUUCUUCGUGAAAUGCAACGUUAUCUAUGUGAGCUUCGUCGUGGGCCUUCUUGUGUCGUCGAGCGUUUCACACUACCUUGGUGCCCUUUAUCUUCGCACACACCCCUUGGCGCAUGGCAUCCAUUACUCGUCGCUCUUUCUUUCUCAACUACUACCGUGUUCCUUGUUAACGGAUUUUCCUCGCAUUCUAUUGUGCACUAAUGCAUCCGUCAUAUCGACAGGCACGGAUGGGUUCACAGCAACACAGGGUUGGGAUCCGGUAACGGGCCUUGGCACACCUAACUUCGAAAAACUUCUCAAGAUUUGGUCGAUCAUUCCUUGA